AAUACUUCCGCUCUGCUACGCCACACCCUUUAUCAGGAACAGUUUCCUGCUGACGUCCUGUUUACUCUUUAAUUUUAAUGGAAUUUCUGUCUGAAACAGAGGAACUUCUGCAGCCUGUCUUAAUUAACCGCUAACAGUUAAUAAAAUAAUGGGGAGGUGUGCACGAUGCGGUCUGCUUUGUUAUUACGUUGCAUUUGCUCGCGAGCUGCGUUGCUGAAAGUGAAGACGUUACAAGAAAACAGUCUCGUGCUUUCCUAACGACAUCACUUCACUUGACGACAGGUUUGAGAGUUGUGUUUUUCUCUUCGAGAUGGCUGGAGGCAUUACAGAAACAGGGGAGCCUUACUCACCAUUUGUUGGCCUGGUGUACAUGUUCAAUCUUAUUGUUGGCACUGGUGCCCUGACCAUGCCCAAGGCCUUUGCAGCAGCUGGCUGGGUAGUCAGCGUCUCCCUCAUCUCAUUUUUGGCUUUUAUGAGUUUCAUGACCACCACAUUUGUGAUUGAAGCCAUGGCUGCUGCCAAUGCCCAGCUGCGCUGGAAGAGGAGAGAACAGGAAGAGAUUAAUGACAGCGACUCCAGCUCGGACUAUUCAGAUGAUGAGGUCAUUAUCCGGGGACGAUCAGAACCCGUCGAGACACGGCCCAUUCUUUCUGUCCAGCGUGCCGCGAAUAUAGACCACUUUGACAUUGUCGAGAGAGUCGAGAUGGGACAAAUGGCCUCCAUGUUUUUUAAUAAAGUUGGUGUCAACAUGUUCUACAUCUGCAUAAUCGUGUACCUGUACGGAGACCUGGCGAUUUAUGCCGCCGCUGUACCAGUAUCACUGAUGGAGGUAACAUGUGGGAAUCACUCGUGCAGUGCUGGGAGUGUGAAAUACAACGACACAGACUCAUGCUGGGGCCCUGUAAGACGCAAAGACGCCUACAGAAUGUUUCUGGGUAUCUUCACACUGUUGUUGGGGCCAUUCACCUUUUUUAACGCACAGAAGACCAAAUACCUCCAGAUCCUUACCUCUUUAAUGAGAUGGAUUGCAUUCACCAUGAUGAUCAUCCUGGCUUUGAUUCGUAUUGGCAAGGGGCACGGUGAGGGCCACCCAUCUGUGGCACAGAUCUCGGGUGUGCCCAACCUCUUCGGGGUCUGUGUCUACUCAUUCAUGUGCCAGCACUCGCUUCCCUCACUCGUGACGCCCAUCUCCAACAAGCAGCGCAUGAGCGCCCUGGUCAUGGCCGACUACAUCCUGAUCCUGUGCUUCUACGGCCUGCUGUCCCUCACAGCCAUAUUCUGCUUCGACAGCUCUCUGCUGCGUGACAUGUACACUUUAAAUUUCACAGAUAACUGCGACGUUUUGGGCAUUCCAGUGUUGCGCUACUUCUUGGGCCUCUUUCCUGUCUUCACCAUUAGUACCAACUUUCCUAUAAUAGCCGUCACACUACGCAACAACUGGAAAACUCUCUUCCAUCGGGAUGGCGGCACGUACCCUUGGGUGGUGGACCGUAUCGUCUUCCCACUCAUUACUAUAGUGCCGCCCAUUAUCGUGGCCUUCUGCACUCACGAUCUGGAGUCGCUUGUGGGUAUUACUGGAGCAUAUGCCGGAACGGGCAUUCAGUAUAUCAUCCCGGCCUUUCUGGUAUAUUUCAGUCGCCGUCAUUUAGAGCCCGUGUUGGGAAGGGAUGCUGUAAAUAAGCACCGGUCACCUUUCCGUCAUGCUUUUUGGGUUUGGUUUGUGAUACUGUGGGCAACGUUCUGCUUAAUGUUUGUAACAGCUAAUAUUGUCCUUACAGAAACCAAGAACUGAGUAUAAAAGCAGAUUUGUUUUGUCAAGCUGCAUUUUUGUUUUUGUUUUUGAAAGGUGUUUGCUUGGUUCUGUGUUAAAAGAAUGGCAUUAGCUGAAAUUUAAUUCAGUCUAAUUUAAAUGAGGGUCUAAAAGGGACCAAAAGAAGUUUUGGCAUUACUUCAGUAAGGAUUAAUGUAAGACUUUUCUCUCACAAAUCCACAAUCCUUUAAUGUUCUGUAAGGCAGGAUACAACAAAACCAUUUUUUAAAAAAUAGAUUCAAAACGUUAAUUCAGUUGAAGUCGUUUUUUUUCCUUGUGUAAUCUUCAGUUAGGUGAAUGUCAUGAAAAAAUGCCUGGGUUACAUUUCAUCCCAAAAGCAAAAUAAUUAAAUAAUAAUAAUAAAAAUAUAUUUUAUUUUGACUAAGGAAGAAAAAGCUUUGAAUAUGUUGUGGUGUUUACAUGACAAUUAAGCACAUUUGCCCCAGAUUCUGUUUCGAAUAAUGAUUAAUAUUGCAAUAUACUGAAAAAUAUAGUAAAAUUACUACAAAUACUAUAAUACACUGAUUAAAGAUUGUAUUUUUUAAAUUAAUACAUUAUUUGCAUAAAUUAAAGGCAAAAAGAUAUACUACACUUAUGAAUAAAGAAUAAAUACUUCACAAUUUAAAUAUAUAUAUAUAUAAAUUUAAAUAUUAUUUUAUGAGUUUUUCCCAAUUAAUAUUAUUUUGCAUUGUUUUAUAUAUAAUAUUAUAUUAUAUUAUAUUAUAUUAUAUUAUAUUAUAUUAUAUUAUAUUAUAUUAUAUUAUAUUAUAUUAUAUUAUGAAUUGUGAUGUAUUUAUACAGUUUUUGUCAUUACAGUAAUGAGAACUUAAGGGGAAAUUGUGGUUCAUUGUCAUCUUAAAUCGAAGUGUUUUUUAAGAAAUAGCCUUUCAUUUUGUUUAAACAACAUAUAAUUCCUUUUUUAAAUCUUUUUGAUAUUGGGGUGAAAUGUGGCAUUGUUCUUGACAGAUUUCAUAUCGACAUCUAAUUUCGUAGAUCUCAAGAAGAAACAACGAGCUCGUGUUUCUUUAUUAUUUUGGACUCACCAAAAACAUUCAUAAUAUUCAUCAAGUCAAAGACAAGCAGACUGACAAUAAUCGUUCCUUGUUUUCGUCUUCCAAGAUUGUUAGCGUUUCACAGCUGGUAUUUCCGGCGUUCGUAACGGGCGGCUGGCACCUCGCCGUGUCUCCUGCGCUGACUGAUGGCGACACAAGCGCAACGGUUGUCUGAAUAAUGUGCCCAGACCUGGAGUUCAAUCUCAGUUCAUCAGCAGAUUGAUAGAGGCAUUGAAAGCAUCCAUAUGUUCUCCAUGUACUGACGUCUUAUGGAAGCUCACGGGUUCUCAAACGGGCCCUUAGGGGUGCAGGAAGGGAAGAUAAACCUGAUAUUAAAUGGACACAUCUGCCUCAUGAUCUACAGAGAAAAAUAUUUAUCAUUAUCAAUAUGGAGCACCUCAUCAUGCCUGAGAGAUCACACUCACACAGUUAUUACUGUUAAUGUCACUUUAGUUCUGACGAAGUUGUCUUAAAUUUGGCUUGAAUUGAAAUCCAAAUGUACGGCAGCUGAUUCCCACCCUGCUUUGCAUUUUGCACAAUUUGGUACCUUUUUUACCAAAAUUGUUCACCCAAAAAGUUUUAUUCUCUCAUCAUUUAAUCACCCUCAUGUCAUUCCAAACUGUUUGACUGACUUUCUUCUGCAAAACACAAAAGAAGUUAAAUUGAAGAAUGGUUUGGCUCUUUUUGCUCUUAUAAUAAACGUUAGUGGGGUUCAAACAACAUUGUUCAUCAUUUGUGUGCAGAAAAAAGGUCAUUCAGGUUUGGAACGAUGUGAGGGUCAGUAAAUGAUGACAGGUUUUUAAUGUUAUCUGAACUGUUCCUUUAAUGUCUUCUAUGUGUGUGUAUUUUUGCUCUGUCCAUCUCAUGUCUGCCUCAGGUUUUGGAUGGCAACAUGAAUCUGACUCAUUAGUUUGACACAUUUCUCUUUGUGUUGUUUGCCAGCGGUUGAUUCGUUUGAUCAUCUGUGACGUGUUUGAUACUGUAAACUGAUCGCUGCUCUCUGUGAGAGCGCUGUCUGCUGAUCUAAGAGAACCGUAUCAGAACCUGCGCUUGAAUUUACACUGUUUCUGCUGUGGGUUUGUGUUCAAACUGCUGUUGAUUUAAAGGGAAAUACGUCUUUAAGAUCUUGUUUGUGAGCAGAAGCAUUCAGUUAAUGACUGAAGUACAUGCAUUUGCAUUCUUGUCUCCCUAAAGCAAGUCAUUUCACAUGUGUGAAAUGUUGAUAUAUUGUUACCAAAUAUUGUUUUGUUUUUUUGUUUUGUUUUUUAAUGGAAACAAAUGUGCCUUCUUUCCAGGGAUCUUCCUACUUUCACCUAAAUAACAAUUUCUCUCUCUUUCUGUCUCAAUGUCUUUUUCUUGAUUUGUUUGUUCUGUGCAGCCCGUCAUUGCAUGUAAGUUACUUCAUAUACUUGACAAUCACGUCCACCAAUGUCUCGUUAAAAUAAAAAUGGAAGCCCUUUUUGAUCUUUGA